GUAACACCCUUUUGUCAGCUGUUUCUCCAAAGCCAUUGCCAUGGCGGAUGAGGUGCCAGGGGCGGAAGAGUGGCAGAAGGUCUAUGUGCCAGCGCACCUGCGGCCUCCGGCCGGGAAGACCAUCAUGCAAAGGUCAUCCUCAGACCCAAAAGGAUUGCUGAGGACCACCUGCGGUCUUUCAAUGAGUCCCUUCCUAACCAGCACGGCGGUCCGUGUGGCUCCCACCCGAGCGUUGGAAGAACUGCGGCGGGAUCACAUCGAGGGGUACCGAGGCUUCAUCCCAGGCGUGAAAGCUGAGACGGUCCACGGUGCGCGGUCCAGUGUCAUUGACCACAUCGCCAGCGACAUUCGACCGCUGGAGUUUCGGCCUCCCCAGUCCUAUGAGUGGAAUCGGCCCAGAGAUCCAGCGCAGUCUUUGCGCUCGCAUGCAGAUUGUGAGAUCUGGCGAACCUGGCAGCAGGAUCCCAAGUACAAUUGGAUGGGAGGAGAGAGGCCGAAGGACUGUGGUCCUGGCAUCGCCGCCUACACCGGGCACCGACAUUUGAAGCAGAGUCGGCCGAAGCUCCAAGAAGACGAAGCGCAUUCGCUUCCCCCUGGCCAGCACUUGCGCUUGCCGCGUCAGAUGCCGCUGGGUCUGGCUCGCACCUCCGAAGAUUGGGAUCCACACCCUGUGGACGUGAUCCGCCCGCAGAUGCCCGGCUACCGGGCCUUCCUACCUGGGCGAAAGCUCAUGGCAUAACCGACCUGCGCCCAUGUGGCCGAGCUCCUCGCGGGUGCCACGCGCCAUGCCGUCCUCAGAAUGCCUAG